AAAAUGAUUAUCUGGGAUCAAUUCUGGACCGACAUUUGCCCAACUGGAUUGAGACCUUGGGUGCAGAGCAACAGUGAUCUUGCGCCAUGCUUCCAGGAGCUCGUGCUGCAGCUGCCCAUCCUCGCGCUAUUUGCCACCUUUUCAUCUUACUUCUACGGAACUCAUUGGCGUACUGUGUCCCGGAAUGACACACAACUGCGAGCCUUGCGUGUGCGAAUUUUGGCAUCGUUAGGUUUGACCAUCAUACCAGCUUUAAAAGUGUUUUACAUUUUCCGCCUUCACGAGGAGCUGUAUCCAGUAGACAUAAUGCUCGCUUGUGUUCAACUCGUAGCCUGGCCCAUUCAUUGCUGUUUUCUACUAUCUUCCAUGAGGAAAGGUUCCCUUAGCCACCGUGGCCCUCUAGUACUGAUUGUAUUAUGGACUUCGCUGUUUGCAUUAUGUGCGAUAUGGCUGCAUACAAAUUUACACACGGAAUACUGGCCAUGGUAUGCGGCUCACCUAUCGGUAUACCUCUGUUAUGGCGCAACACUUGUUUCCCCCGGGCAUGCCCAUUACGUGCGUCUUCGAAGGACGGAAGAUCAAGAACGACAGGCGUUACUACCCCAAUCGUACACCCGUUUCUUCGAGGACAUGGAAGAAACAGUGCUUGGCCCUAUCGAGGACGAUGCAAAUAUAUUUUCCAAAAUUGUUUUCUACUGGGUCCGGCCACUAAUCGCUAAAGGUGUUAAUGGAAAAUUAAAACGAAGCGACGACCUGUUCGAUCUGCCCGAAGCGCUGACAUUGCAUCGAGUAACGGAAAAACUGCACCUAGCACUCAACACAACGACCUCUUUGCUGAAAGCUCUGCACAAGUGCUUUGGAUGGGAGUUUUAUAUGAUUGGCUUGCUACGAAUGCUGGGAGAUCUGUCCGGAUUCGCAGGUCCCAUCCUGCUCGGCGGUCUGCUACGUACGGAGGAUAAUGGUAACGGUACAACACUAGCCGAUAUAGCAGACCCCAAUAGACCCAUAGAUUAUCGUGCGUACUAUUAUGCUCUCGCUUUACUUACUUCGGCUGUGAUUAGCGCCUUCGCGGCAGUUCACUUUAACUGGCGUAUGACAUUCGUCAGCAGCAAAUUGCGAAUGUCCAUCGUAACUGCGAUUUAUCAAAAAUCGCUUACUGCAAAGCAGCUGCAAACAGCGCGACCCGAAAUACUAAAUCUAAUGUCAACCGAUACGGAUCGCAUAGUAAACUCGUGUAUCAGCUUUCAUUCGUUUUGGAGCAUCCCCUUCCAGCUAUUCACUACGCUCUAUCUGCUCUACACGCAGCUCGGUGUCGCUUUUGUUGCUGGAGUUCUAUUUGCAGUGCUGCUGAUUCCGAUUAAUCGCAAGAUCGCACAGAAAAUUGGACAACUCUCGCAAGGGCUAAUGUCAGCGAAAGAUGGACGCGUAACAAUCACCACGGAAACCAUUAGUGGAGCCAAAGAUAUCAAAUUAAACGCAUGGGAGGAUGUUUUCAUCGGCAAGAUCCAGAGCAAGCGAGAAGAAGAAAUACGCUUCCUAGGAAAGCGAAAAUAUCUGGACGCGUUAUGCGUGUACUUUUGGGCCACAACUCCAGUGUUGAUGUGCCUAUUUACCUUCGGUACCUCGAUUCUGCUCAGUAAACCCUUAACCGCAGCCACAACCUACACCAGCGUGGCUUUGUUAAACAUGCUCAUCGGACCGUUAAAUGCAUUUCCAUGGGUACUAAAUGGUCUAGCCGAAGCGUGGGUAUCACUGAAGCGCGUGCAAGAACUUCUCGAUCUACCGGAUAUCAAUUUGCAGGAGUACUAUCGUCCGCUAGAUGCUUCCGAUGCAUCCUACUCCAAUUCAUCGAAGCGUCCCGUCGUGCUAGCGAUCAAGGAUGGUAGCUUCGAAUUCGAAACCAAGCGCAGCCGCAAUGAUUUGAAGCUGGUGCAGGAGGACAUAGUUGAUUUCGCUUUUCGCGACCUAACAUUGCAAGUGCGUCAAGGAGAGCUCGUUUGUCUGGAAGGUCCGGUUGGUGGUGGCAAAUCCUCACUACUACAGGUGAUAAUGGGCUACUUUCAAUGCACGUCCGGUGCUGUAGCAAUAUCGACAGAUGUGAAAGAAGGCUUUGGUUAUGUUGCUCAGACAGCUUGGCUACAGCAAGGCACCAUUCGGGAUAACAUACUUUGGGGCGAGAUUUAUGACGAAGCGCGUUAUAAAGCGGUCAUUCAUGCCUGUGCAUUGCAGUACGAUCUAGACGCAUUGCGCGGCGACAGCACCGGGGUUGGUGAGCAGGGCCGAACACUGUCCGGAGGCCAAAAAGCACGAGUAGCGUUGGCCCGUGCAGUCUAUCAGAACAAAAGCAUUUAUCUGCUGGAUGAUAUACUAUCAGCUUUGGAUGCACAUGUGGCGUCGCAUAUAAUUCGACACUGUUUGUUUGGGUUAUUGAAGGAUAAAACGCGCAUUAUUGUUACCCAACACGCUAUGGUGUUAAAUCGAGCUACUCAAAUCCUUCACGUCGAAACAGGACAGGUGUCGCAGAGCGAUGCACCGAACGUUGGUUCUCUGCUGAGCGAUUAUGAUGAUUACGACGAGGAUACGAGCGCCACACUGUCCAUUGCAAACGAUUCUACGUCGUAUGCAGCAGUAGUUCGCAACGACGACGACCAACGAAGCAACGAUAGUGUGCUGAUGGAUGAGUCGCGUGAAUUCGGUCAUCUUGACCGUACAGUACUCGGAGCAUACUGGCAAGCUACAGGACGUAGUCUUGGGUUUUGGGUUAUCAUUGCAGUGCUCAUGAUGCAAAUCUCUCGCAAUCUUACCGAUGCAUGGCUAGCGUACUGGGUCGGAACGAUUAAUCAAACACCCCUAAAUAGUACAACGCUUUCGAAUGAUCCUACCGCGCUCGAAGAGAGCGCACCAGAAGGAUUACUUGCGAUGGUUGAUCACUUGCUUUCACCAACCUUCACUGACAACAACGGCACAUCGCCAUCGUUCUAUUACUUAGGGAUAUAUGCUGCUCUAGCCAUCACUAACAGUCUGCUUACGCUGGUGAGAGCAUUUCUGUUCGCGUAUGCUGGUUUAAAAGCGGCCAAAUGCAUACAUGAUCGAUUACUUAACAGCGUCCUUUAUACUAAACUUCAAUUCUUCGAUGUUGUUCCUCUGGGUAGAAUUAUCAACCGUUUCUCAUCCGAUGUGUACACUGUGGACGAUACGCUUCCAUUUAUUAUGAACAUUCUUUUGGCUCAAUUUUUUGGACUGCUGGGAGCACUGUUAAUAAGCCUGUACGCCAUGCCCUGGCUAGGGCUUUUGAUUGUGCCCCUCGUUCCUAUAUAUCUAUCACUACAAAGCAAAUAUCGUUACGCUUCACGUGACAUUAAACGACUUUCGAGCAAUGCCUUAUCACCGCUAUACGCUCACUUCACUGAAACAUUGCAAGGACUGACCACAAUUCGAGCAUUACGUGGCGAGAAGCGAUUCCAACGAGACUUUCUUUACAAACUGGGCGAAAGCAUAAAGGCACAACUAUCCGCAGCUGCCACACAACAAUGGUUGGGAUUGAGAUUGCAGUUGUUGGGCGCUUUUCUCGUCGGAGGAUCCGGAUUGCUAGCGGCGAUUACAUCUGCUCAUAUGACUUCCCCCGAGCUAGUAGGGCUUGCCAUUUCAUACGCAUUGUCUAUCACCGGGCUGCUUUCGGGGUUGCUUUAUGCAGUGGCCGAAACGGAACAGGAGCUUGUCGCUGUCGAACGUAUCCAUCAGUACUGCCAGCUUGAUCCGGAAGUAAAUGCCGAUGGAUCUGCCGAUCCUCCAUUUGGUUGGCCUUCUCAGGGAGUGGUUGUUUAUGACAAUGUACACAUGCGCUACCGAGAGCACUUGUCUUACUCCAUACGAUCCAUCAACAUUAACGCAAAGCCGUGCGAACGCAUCAGUAUUGUCGGACGUACUGGUUCGGGAAAAACGUCCGUGAUGGCUUCACUACUGCGAGUGGCACCCUUGGACAAAGGCACUAUAACAGUAGACUUUGUAAAUAUAUCUACCUUGCCUUUGGACGUACUGCGAAGCCGGAUCGCGCUAAUUUCUCAAGAUCCCUUCCUGUUCAACGGUACAAUCCGAGAUAAUCUUGACCCGCGCGCCGUACAUAUCGAUUCCGAAAUAUGGGAAGCCAUCACCUGCUGUUUGGCAAGUCCCCUGGUGCAAGCACUCGGAGGUCUAUACGCUCAACUCGACGUUAGUGGAGCGAACCUUUCCGCAGGGCAAAAACAAUUGCUCUGUCUCACCCGAGCACUACUCAAAAAAUCUAAAAUUGUGCUGAUCGACGAAGGCACGUCUAAUCUAGAUUUUGAGUCAGAAUCUGCAGUUCAGCUAGUUCUCAAAAAUGCCUUCCGUGGCCGUACAGUUAUCGUGGUAGCCCAUCGUUUGAAGGGAAUCCUUGACACCGACCAAGUGUUUGUCAUGCAGGAUGGAACCAUCGUUGAGCAUGGUGUGCCUCGCGAUCUUGCCGAUCAACCAACAUCGUUGCUAUAUUCUUUACUGCAAGAGCAACAAAAUUCUUAGUU